AGGAAGCUAACCUCUAAACAAAAAUUGCCAGGUUAUAGUGUAUCUACUGUGGUUCACUCUAGUGAGAUAAUUUUAGACUUGAGCACGAGACCUGGUACACUAGUUCCUGACCUGCUUGCGAAAUGUUAUUCACCUGCUGAGCAUAACGCAGUAGCGAGAAAAAGAGAGAAGGCGCCCAACCAUAGUAAACACCUGCCAGAUUCACAUAGUCUCAACUAUAACAAGACCAACCAACCCGACCAAGUAACUAAACAAUCUAUUGAAUUAUUUGCAAAAAUUAAGAAGCACAAACAACAUUACCACACUCCUGAAAAGAGAGAAGGCAUACAACAAAAUUACAAGCCCAUGCUUGCACCAUUAAUACAACCUGCACCUGAUAACAACCUAUACAAUAUAUUCCUUCGACAAUGUAAAAUAAACCAUAAACAGAUGAAAUAUAUUGGAGUCACAACUGACGGAACAGCAGAACAUAUAAUAAAUGCU